CAUGUAUCCAUCAGCCAAAGUCAUCGGCAACGAUCUCAGUCCAAUCCAACCCGAAUAUGUUGCACCAAACGCAGAGUUUGUGAUUGAAGAUUUUGAAGACGAAUGGGUGUAUCAGAAUGACUAUUUCGAUUUUAUUCAUGGUCGGACAUUGUCAGGGCACUUGAAUCCCGGUGGAUGGUUAGAAGUGCACGAAGCAAGCUCGAAGGACGGCCGCUCCUUGAACGUGUGCGAACAACUCAAGCCCUGGAUGGUCCAAGCCGGUUUUGAAGACGUACAAGUAGUGGUCCAUAAGAUUCCAUGGGGCCCAUGGGCAAAGGAUCCACACUUAAAAGAAAUCGGACGCUAUCAAAUUGUCAAUGCCAUUGAAUCCGUUGAUUCGUAUGGCCUCGCGUUGAUGACACGGUAUGUGGGAUACACCGAGGGACAUGCAAAGAUCUUUUUGGCGGUUGUCAAGGAGCAAAUACGAAGUAAAUCUUUGCAUGCCUACAAUUUGACGUAA